GUGCUCAAGGCGGUGCUGUCCGACGUGCACGCCGUCAUUUGCGUGUCGCACACCAGCAAGGAAAACACGGUGCUGCGGGCAUGUCUGAGGCCCGCGGAGGUGUACGUCAUACCCAAUGCGGUGGACGCCUCCCAGUUCACCCCCGACCCACUCGCCCGCUGGCCCGCGUCCGCACCCCCCCGGGACACCCGGGGGACUGGCAACACCAGCGGCAUCACCAACACCAACACCACCGGCGCUGGCACCGCCGGCACUUCACCCAAACAGGGGCAGGAGCAACCACCGCCGCCUCCGCCGUCCUCAUCGCAGAC